UGCUUUUGCCACGCGCGUGUGCCCAACCACCAAAAAUUUGCGACCCUCUGCAAAAAUGGGAAUUAAAAAACCCGCGAGGCGACCUGGUGCCUCGUCCAAACAAAAGAAAAAGAAGCAGAUUCCAAAAUCGAAUUUACAACAAAAGGGCAGCAAUGUAAAACAACCGAAUAGUGGCAAAGCGUUGAUUAUCGCUCAGGAGAUCAAGUUUGCUAGGUUACUGGCGAGUAAAGACAAAAAGGUGCGCGACAAAGUGCUCAAAAAUCUGAAAAAGUGGUUGACGGCGCGUUCCCGGAGUUCUUUUGCAUUCACAGAACCAGAUUUUAUCAGAUUAUGGAAAGGCUUAUAUUACUGCAUGUGGAUGUCUGAUAAACCACUAGUUCAAGAAGAACUAGCGGAGUCAAUCAGUAAAAUAGUACAUUGUUUUUCUUCAAUGAAGACUGCGCUACUUUACAUUAAGUGUACCUUCAAAAGUCUUGCCACUGAGUGGUUCGGCAUCGACCAAUACAGAGUUGACAAAUUCGAAAUGUUGCUAAGGAGAAUAAUUCGUCAAACAUUUGAAAUGUGCAAGAAUAAUGAAUGGAAUAAAGAGUGGAUAGUAGAACUUGCAAAGAUAUUACAAGAGUUACUGGUUGCCCCAGAAACUUCUUUAGGAAUUAAGUUACACAUCACCGAAAUCUACAUGGAAGAACUCGCUAAAGUAUGCGGCGGUGAAAUAAGUGAAGAAAUCGUCACAGAGCUAAUCAGACCUUUUGCAGUUUACUUAUCAGGAAUGGACGAUCCCAGACAAAUGAGGCAUGUUAUUAAAAAUAUCUUUAGGUAUCUAAUAUUCCAAUCAGAUGUUGGAAUGGAUUAUCUAGAAAAAUUCGAAGCUUGGAAACAAGCCGGUUUUCCCUGUGGAAGUAUCGAUGCAAUGGAAAAAGUUGAUGUACCCGAUGGCGAGAUAGACUUGAGCAACAUAAGUCAGAGUUCGGAUGAAGAAGUUGCUGGACCAUCUGAAAAAGCUCUCGAUCCAAGAGCAGGACGAGUAGAUGUCGAAAUCCCUCAAAUUCCAUUCGAUCCUCAACAAAUUGCUAAUUUGCUGCUGGAAUAUAGGUUUCACACCUCGUCCACGACGAAAUCUCGUAAACAAAUAGUACGAUUAGCAAAAGAAUUUACUCUGAUUUCGCAAGGAGAAAUGCCUCUAGGCGUGAAGGAAAUUCGGAUGCCUUUAAAAAAGAAGAGUAACCCCAAAAAGGCAGCCUUCGAUCUUAUCGAGUUUGAGCAGGAUCUUUAUGCAGAUUCGAAUAAGGCGAUGAAGAAACGAAAAAGGAAAAGUAAUGAGGAAGCUGACGGUGAAACUGUAAACGGGAAAGAUGACAAACCAGUGAUAGUGAAGAAAAAAAAACUCAAACCUGACAAUUCAGAGGCUUUAGAUUCGAGUCUUUUGAAGCAGAAACAGAAGCAGAACAUUUUAAAGAAGAAAACUAAAAUCCCGGUAGCUGGUGUUCCGAUUGCGAAUGGAAAUUUAAAGAAAAAGAAACACCGGAAGAAAAAUAAAGAAGCCGAGUUUGCAACUUGCGGCAGCUGGGAUGUGUCCACUGCAAAAUCGGAAGUCGCCUUACAGAAAAAGGCGAAUUCAGUGCAGAGUGCAAAUCCCGAGGAGAUUCGAAAGAAGCAAAAUGCCUUGUCUAUCUUGACUGAGUCUCUCACAAAUUCUAAGAUGCCAACUUUGAGACCAGUAUUAAUGAAGUUAGAAGACCAGAAUGGCAAGCUGCCCUAUGCGCCGGAAAAGAAUAAGCCAGCUUUCAAGACACCAGAAAAGAAUAAGAUUGUAUUUACGACGCCAGAAAAGAAUAAGUUAGCUUUUACGACACCGAGUAAGAAACGGGUAAAAAUUAUGUUGCAGCGAAACACAGCGCAGCACACUUCCGAAUAUUUCCAGCAGCUUCGACAAAGUCCUCAGAUUCCUUAUGACGCUAAUCGUAAACCUCGAGCUGGAGUCUUGAAACCGAGCCCUCUCCCGAGUCCGAUAAAUCCUUUUUAUAAAAGGAACUCGAAAUGAAUUGCCCAGGACGGUGAAAAAUUGAACAAUGUGAUCAGUGAUUGAAUGCGUCGAGUCAUUUAAAUGACCAUAUAUAUUUUUACCUUUGAUCUGAAAUCUGAACGUAGUUAAUUUGUAUACAUUCUUAUCUCUAUUUCAGAAUUUCGCGAGCGUUCACUUCGAUUAUCAUAUCAUAUACGAAUGAUACUUUUACCGGCUUGUAAAUAUCGCAAAUAAAAGCAUCGCAUUGCACUUUAUUAGACUAAAAAA